UUAUAUUUGGUCCAGUGGGAAAUGCAUGGGAAACACCUGUGGACAAUGUGUUUUUCUUCUCUCUCGAACAGUGUCCCGAGCCAGAGAAGCGGUCCUGGACGCCCACUUUCUUGUUUUGGCUUCGGAUUUGGGCAAAGAGAAAGCCAAGCAGCUGCGUUCUGAUCUGAACUCGUUCGAUAUGUUAAGAUACGUUGAAACUCUACUGACACACAUGGGUGUAAAUCCGCUAGAAGCCGAAGAACUCGUCCGUGAUGAAGACGGUCCUGAUUUUGAAUUCAUAGUCUAUGACUCCUGGAGGAUAUCGGGGAAAACAGCAGAAAACACCUUUAACAAAACCCACACAUUCCAUUUCCUGUUGGGUUCAAUACAAGGAGAAUGCCCCGUGCCGAAGCCACGACCCGAACGUCCAAGGAGAAUUUGUACCACAGAAAAGGAGCGGGAGAUGCCUGUCCAGUUAAAAAGAAUGGAAGAAUCUCAGCAGGAAGCCACAGAAAAGGAAGUAGAAAGAAUCUUAGGAUUGUUGCAGACAUACUUUCGAGAAGAUCCUGACACUCCUAUGUCCUUCUUUGACUUUGUGAUCGACCCACGUUCUUUCCCUCGCACGGUGGAGAACAUCUUUCACGUUUCCUUCAUUGUGAGGGAUGGUUUUGCAAGAAUAAAACUUGACCAAGACCGAUUGCCAAUAAUAGAGCCUGUUAAUAUUAAUGAGGAGAGUGAAGGCAUUGACCACAACACCCAGAUCAGGAAUCAGGGGAUUAUAGCCCUGAGUUACCGUGACUGGGAGGAGAUCGUGAAGACCUUUGAGAUCUCUGAGCCCGUGAUCGUUUCUGGCCAGAGCCGGCAGAGCCUGAGUGCUGACGCCAGCUGAGGCGCCUUCUUGUGGGACGGCUGCAGGACUCAGGUGGAAAGUGAAAUCCAAAAGGAAAGCAGCAUGUAUUGUAUAUAUUGUAUGAUUGAACAUUUUUAAAGACAGAUUGUUUUUAGUAAAAUGUAGCUUUUGAUAGUUUAUGAAUUUGUCAUGGUUGUCUUUGAUUAAAGGAAAUUCACUGCCAUAUUCACAAUAA